AUGUCUCGUGCCAAGGAGCGCCUGAAAGGCGGGAAUGAGUCUAAGGACAGCGUCACUUUGCUGCCAUGCUUUUAUUUUGUAGAGCUCCCUAUCCUGGCCUCCUCAGUCGUCAGUCUUUAUUUCCUGGAGCUCACCGAUAUUUUCCAGCCGGUCCACUCCGGGUACAGUUGUAAUGACCGCAGCCUGUCGCUGCCCUACAUCCUGCCCAGACAGGAAGUCUGCCCCCUGCCGCUGCUCUUCAGCUUGGCCUUCGCUGCUCCGACUGCUACGAUUCUUAUAGGAGAAGCCAUUCUGUACUGCUAUCUAUCCAGGAGGUCAUCAGCUGCACAGACGGAGGCCAACAUCAAUGCUGCAGGCUGUAAUUUCAACUCCUACAUUCGCAGGGCUGUGCGCUUUAUAGGCGUCCAUAUCUUUGGCCUGUGUGUGACAGCACUGAUAACGGAUAUUCUCCAGCUGUCCACCGGUCAGCACACGCCUUACUGGUUGGAUGUGUGUAAACCGAACCUGACCCACAUUAACAUGUCCACCUGUGAUGAAGCUUUUAUUCUGGAGGAUAUCUGCUCUGGACAGGACGCUGGCCUCAUCAACGCCGGGAGGAAGUCUUUCCCUUCCCAGCAUGCAACACUGGCUGCCUUUGCUGCUGUCUACAUCUCAAUGUACUUCAACACGCUGCUGACUGACUCGGCCAAGCUCUUGAAGCCUGUCCUGGUGUUCUCUUUCGUCAUGCUCGCCAUCCUGGCAGGACUGACCCGGAUCAUCCAGUUCAGAAACCAUCCUGUCGAUGUUUACUGCGGAUGGUUGCUCGGAGCUGCCAUCGCAAUUUACCUGGGUGUGUAUGCUGUGGGGAAUUUCCAGCCAAGUAAGGAUCGAUCAAGAAGUAGACCAGCUCCACCUACCCUGAGAGAACCCCCCCUGUCCUCCUUGGCUAAUGUUAGCCAGUCAGCAAUGAGCAACAGUCACCCAGGUCACCUAACCCUGGCACCCAGCCAACCAGAGCCCAUCAUUACAAGGACCUCAUCGCACACCUUGUCCCCCAACCGACCAGCACCCAUUCUGACACGAAGCGCCUCUUACCGAGAGCCCUCUAUGUCCAACCUGAAGAGGGCCAGCGCUGAAAUUGAGGUGUUAACUCCAUCCAGUCCCCUCGGUAACCAUGAUAACAUGAUGACAUUCAGCAGCAGCACUCUGCCACGUUCCCAUGGAGGAUAUGCGUUUGAGGAGGGUCGCAUUCCUCGCCGUCAUACCACCAUCCACGCCUCGAUGGAUUCAACCCGAUCCAAACAGCUGCUCAGCCAAUGGAAAAACAAAAAUGACAAUAGGAAGCUGUCCUUACAGGUGAUGGAUGGAAUAAGGCCAGCCUCGUCUUCAUCCCCUCAGAGGAACAUGGAGUUGCGCUGCUCCUCUGAACCGUUAGCCAUGGGCCUUGAGGUGGAGCACAUGGCUGGUACACAUCUGCCCUCAGUCCCUAGUCAGGAAGCAGAGCUGCGAGCUGGAGCCCACAUACCAGCUCAGUACAUGAAACUAGCAGCAAGCACUGCCAACCAUAACCACCUGACCCAUAAUGGAAGCACUGGUUUAGCUGGUGGGGCAAGAGUUUCUAUCCAGUCUCGGCCUGGAUCUUCACAGCUGGUUCACAUUCCUGAGGAGGAAAACCCCAACUGCAGGGAUCAGGAGAGUGAAUCAGAGGACAGCAUUAUGGAUGGGGGUGGGUCGGUCAGAGAGAAGUGGCUUAGAGUGGCUGAAAGGACCACCAUCCCCUGUAGACCUCUCAGUGCAGGCGGACAGCCUCGUCUAAUGCAGGUAAUAGCCUUAUCCAAACAGCAGGGCCUCCUUCACUCUCCACGAUCAGAGGAUGGUGGCAGUACUGUCAGCUGCACCGGAUCCAUCCGAUACCGAGCCCUCACCGACCAGGAUCCGUCUCCACCGGCCUCAACCACCGGGGCAGUAGGAGGAGGAGGAGGAGGAGGAGGUCUGGAACGAACCGGCAGUAUAGUCCGGGUCGACGCCCACCCUGAGUCCAGAGCAAACAAACCUGUGGUGAGACCUCCGAGCAGAGACGGAAGUGGCUCGUGGCGCUGGAAACCACCAGAACAGCGAGCUUCACUCCAACAGUCGGCCUUCAACCUCAAUGACCUGAACAGAAACACAGACAGUGAAUCUCUGAAGGACGGAGGCUCGGUGGACGGGCGGAGGAGCGUCACAGUGGCUGAAAUGGAGAGUGGAUAUGGUGGAGAUGGAGGAACAGGAGGGGGACAUGAAACAGGAGAGGGGGGAGGAAAUGUAUACACAAACCAUCCACAUGUUGUACACCCUCUACAUCCCCUACAUCCAAACAACCCCAACAACUUCCAGCAGCCCAGUUUAAACCCCAACAGUCCCAGUAAUCCCAGUGUCAAUAACUCUCAGUUAAACUUCAACCCCAUGCAUAACUCGGGUGUGCCAUUCAUUCAGACGGACGCCUUCGCUCCUCCCUUUCACCCCCACCCUCAGGCCAUCACUACCAUUAGGGUCACUCCAGUGGAGGUAACAGCUGCCAGCAGCGACGGGGGCUCAGACUCCCAGUCAGUUGCCUCAUCCAGCCGUGAGUCCACUCUGAGGAGGCAGAGCGGCCCCCAGAUCAUCCAGGUCCCUGAACGUGUUCCCCCUCCUGAUCUCCAUAACAACCACCGCCUCAGUGACGACGGUAACCGCGUCGACAACGAGAGCAGCAACCGUUUCCACGAAAACCUGCGAAGUUUUCAGGAAAACCCCAUCCAUUUCAACCACCCCAACCACCACAACAGGCAGUUUCAAGGGAUGUUUGUUCGUCCCAGUCCAACCCCUCCCCCCACCUUACCCCGCCCUAUCAUGACUCACACUCCACCCCCUAAUUUGGGACUGGCCUAUAAAGAGUGA